GUUGCAUACGGCGGACGCUCCUCCUCUUACUAUCGGUCGGUCGCUCUUGCGUCGUCAAUUGUGUCCGCGAACGAGAGCGGACGAGGGAAGGCGAUGGCGAAUGCGGGCGGUGCGGCGUUCCGAUGGGUGCUGCAGCUGCACCGGGACGUGCCGAGGGCCGCUCGGUUCUACUCGGAGGGCCUCGACUUCAGCGUCAACGUCUGCACCCUCCGGUGGGCCGAGCUCCAGUCCGGCCCCCUCAAGCUGGCACUCAUGCACUCCCCCAGUGACAUAACCAUGCAGAAAGGAUACUCUUCCAUGUUAUCCUUCACAGUAGCUGACAUGAACAGCACAGUGACCAAACUAAUGUCACUGGGAGCUGAGCUCGAUGGCCCCAUAAAGUAUGAAAUCCAUGGCAAGGUUGCUGCCUUGCGAUGCCUUGAUGGGCAUAUGUUGGGUCUCUAUGAACCUGCAUGAAACUUCUUAUAAGUUUCUGUUUCCAACUACAACACAGGCUGUGCGGGAAAUUGAACACGAGAUUCUCUCAGCAACAUCAGGGUUUUUUAUUUGAUGUCAGUGGCAGGAUCUUUCCUCUCACUGUAUUUGAAGAAUAUAGGAAACAUCUUCUUUAUGGUUGCACUGCAAGACAGAAACUGUUUUCCUUAUCCACAUGAAUCAAAGCAGUGCAAAGCAUGUGUAACGUUGGACCUCUCAUUUAGCAGAUCAAAUAGUCCAGUGGCAAUUCUGAACAUGUGUAAAGUUCAUAUCCUUUAUAUUUUAAGCUUGGCCAACAGUUGAUUGCCUGUCAUGAAAAUUUUCAUUCGCAGAAUCUCCAUCAAUUGACAGUUCUUUUGCUUUCAA